UGGAGGUCCCGCUCACACUGCCAGUGCUGUGUGGCCGCUAUGGAACACCUCCGCGUUCUUCUCCUGCUCGCCAUCCUAGCUGUCGCGUGCCACAGCCUCGCGGCAUGCCCCGCGAACUGCCACUGCCACGGGGGAGAACUGCAGCAUGUUAUCUGCUACAGCUCGGGGUUGACUAAGAUCCCCAAAGUGUCCGAGCAAACUCGCCUGGUUAACCUGCAAAAGAACUCCUUCCCUGUGCUGGCUCCCAACUCCUUCAAGGAAAUGAAAGGUUUGGUGUCCUUGCACAUGCAGUACUGCGGGAUCCGAGAAGUGGCCACCGGGGCUUUCCGAGGUCUUAAGAGGUUGGUGUAUCUCUACCUGUCCCACAACGACAUUAGCGCGAUCGGCGCUGGAGCCUUUGAUGAGUUGCCUGAGCUCACUUAUCUCUACAUGGACCACAACAAGAUCAUCGACAUACCCAAGGGGCUGCUGUCUCCGCUCGCCAACCUGUUCAUCUUCCAGCUCAGCAACAACAAGGUGCGCGAGCUGAAAGCGGGGACCUUCGCUGGCGCCAAGGACCUGCGCUGGCUCUACCUGUCGGAUAACGAGCUCACCACGCUGCAGCCGGGGUCCUUGGAUGAAGUGGAAAACCUGGCCAUCUUCCACUUAGACGGAAACCAGCUGAGCACUUACCCGCUGGCUGCCGUCAGCAAGCUGAGGGUGGUGGAAGAUUAUAAGAUCUCCCGAAACCCCAUCAAAGUCAUCCCUGAUUUCGCCUUCCAGUCGUUUGGCCGAUACAUGGAAACCCUCUCCAUGGACCAAAUGGGUAUCGAGAAGUUUUCAGAAAAAGCUUUUGUUGGAGUGACGGCCCUGAAGAGUCUGAACAUUGAAGGAAAUAAGUUGAGCCAGCUUCCUGCCAAUGCCCCAUUCUCCUCCCUGCAGAACCUGACACUAGCAAACAACCCUUGGCACUGCUCCUGCCAACUGGCAGCUGUGAGAAGGUGGAUUGACGGCAGCCGCUCUCGCCCAGACGCCACUUGUGCAAGCCCGGCUCAAUACCGCGGGCAACAGCUGCGAGACACAGGGGCCUUCCGUGGGUGUAAACAGCCAGUAAAGAAAUCAAAAAAAGGAGAACGACAUUAAACAGGCUCCAAAUGGACAGUCGGGGGAACUGAGACCCGGGUGACCAGUAAACUACUGACACGUAGGACCUUCAAGACGCUCUUCCCAUAACGAUGGAGCCACCUUGUAUCUCUACAGCUGCCAUUUUGCAUUUACCAAAAGCCAUUCCAACAUGUAUGCAUGUAAACUAUGUGACCAACUAACAGCCAUUGCACUCUUAAUCAUGUGACCAACUCGGUAUGUACAUAGAAAUGUAUAUAUUAUAGAAAAUAUAUAGAAAUAAAUACAUACGCGGUAAUGACAACUAAAACCAUUUCAAUAAAUGUCCACGGUCUCAUAACA